AGCAAAGAAGAAGAAGAAGAGAGAAUGAGACCGUUGAAUAUUUUAAACAAUAAAUAUUUUAUUGUAUUGUGUACUGAGACAACUUGCCUUUAAAAGACUUGUAUCCAGAUCCACAAUUUGAAUUCAAGGGAAUAGAGUUUCUCUCAUAUCUACUUUCUCUCUCUUUUCUUCAAUGUUUUUCAUCUACGUCUCUUUAUCCUCACAUUUUUUCUGGAUACUAUUCCCUUUUCUUUAUUCAUAUAAAUUAUUGUUAAAAUUUAAUUUAAAAAAUGAAUGUUUUGGACGCAGAAAAAGCACUACUCGUUCAUAAGGUGCGUUGAAAACGACACGACAAAGUGGGAAUCAUGUUUAAAGAACUCUAGGAGUGAAAAGGCCAUCAAUGAUUGUUACCACAGUGAUCUCCCUAAAACGCUCAUACUUGGGUAUGCAAACAUGACUUUGAGUUUGAAACCGCAACAUAAAUACGUACCAUGGGUCACACUCAACAGCAAACCACUCAACGCACAAAGUCCUGAUGAUUUUGUGGCCCAAAUUUGCAAAGCGUACAAAGGAAAGGCUGCUCUCCCAAAACUCUGCAAGUCCUCUGCAUUCUCUAAGUCGCUUGAGAGCAAAGUGCUGAAGCUUCAAGUCUCAUAUGCUGAUGAAGCUAGGAAUUAACUAUCAGAUGAAUUAUUGAACUAUGAUGCAUGGAUUCAAGCUUAUGUUACUGGAAUAUAAUAAAUAAAGAUCUUUUCAUA